CGCCAGCGAAGCGGAGAAAGGGACUCAACGGAGAAAAGGCUGCUUGCGGGUGGACGUAAGCAUAUGGAAGCAAACACCUGUUCGGCACGAGUUUCCCCAGAGUUGAUUCGGGAUGAUGGGGGGGCUUGGAAGUCUACGAUGGCGAUUCAAUUUGUUGUUGUUCACCGCGGUCUUCCAGCUUGGCUGUUCUCCCCUCGGUGGCCAGGUCGGUGAAAUGACUGCAUUAUGCCACAAGAGUAGAUGCUGUAAGGGGAUCCAGUGGCUUCCGAACCUCGAGCUUCAUGUUCAUGUCUUUCGGACAAGGAGCACGGUGCUUGAUGAACACACCCGACGUUUUCUCCCAGAUGAGGCUGGACGCACAACACCGCCGGCGGGAUUCGGCAUGAUUAUUGCGUCUCUCAGCCAAAGGGAUUCUGCAUGCUCCGGGCUAGUUCCGGCCAGUGAUUCGGCGUCUUGUAUGUACAUGGACCCUUCUCCUUCAUUCAUCCCGGUUGUUGCAGGGCCUCCUCACGGAUUGUUCAACCGCUGCCCCUAUCCAUCCAUCCAUGGCACCGACCCCUACAUGGCCUUCCCCACCGCCAUGCCCCGUCGUCGUCAUCUCCGGGAUCUGGAGAAGAGUCGCAAGUGACAGACACACACACACACACACACACACACACACACACACACACACAGUCAACAAUCCGUAUC